AACCCUAUACCCUCACAGCUUUGAAGCCAAAAGAGGAUCAUCAGCAAAUAAAAAAAAAAAAAGAAGAAGAAAAUUUCAGAGAGAGAUGCAAGAAUCACAAGAAAGAGCAGAGUAUACUCUUGUUGCAAGAAAACCCAGUUUCGGACUCCCUACUGGUUGUCCAAUUUGCUUGCCUGUUUACAUCCACCUCAAAUUUGCUAGCUUUCCUUUCCGUUUGGAUUUCAAUAACACUUUCCCUGAUUCAGAUCAAAUUCCUUACAUCGAAUCAGGCACUUAUGUGGCCUUCAAUGACGAGAAUGGUGGGCUUAUUGAACGUUUAAGGGAAGAUGGCAUUGUUGAUUUGGAUGCUGCUUUCUGCUCUCUCCCAGAAUGGAUAUCAAUGAAAGCAAUGGUUAGCACCUGGCUUGCUGAGGCAGUCAUGUAUGAACUAUGGGUGGGAUCUGAUGGAACUUCUGCCCGUGCAAUUUAUUAUUCUGACCUCCCUUGGUUAAUAGGAAAGGCUUUAUUCAUGAAACAAGUGUAUCUUGUUAAGCAACGAUUUGGGAUAACAAAAGAAAAUGCUGAACGAAAGGAAGCAGAGAUUUACAAGAGAGCAAAAAUUGCAUAUGGAGCUUUGUCAACCACAUUAGGGGAUCAAACAUUUCUUUUUGAAAGGCCAUCUAGUUUGGAUGCAUAUCUCCUUGGGCAUGUGCUUUUCACUCUUCAAGCAUUACCUGAAUCAUCAGUGCUGCGACUUGCACUCUUGGAGCACGGUAAUCUCAUACGAUAUGCUGAAAAACUUAAAUCAGAGUACUUGGAGGGUGGAUCUUCUUCUUCUGCCCCACAAUUCCAUUCAGAGGCUUCAUCAACUUCAACAAGACGUCCUUCAAAUUCAAGUUCAAAGACUAAGAAGCAACCCAAGAGGGAAAAGACAGAAGAGGAGAAAACUUUCAGAAGAAGGGCAAAAUACUUUUUAGUAACACAGCUAGUUGCUGUUUUAGUUUUUCUAUCUGUCAUGGGCGGUUAUGAUUUUUCUGAGGUGGGGGUUGAUGAUGAUGAAGGCUUCAGUUAUGACUGAAGAAGCACCUGUUUUUCUUUGACAAAUUUGUAUUUUACUCGACCUUUUCUUUUAAAACCGUGAGAAGGAUAAUUUCCUUUUUACCUUUCAUUCUUAUAUUCCAUGUAAAAUUUUUGAAGAAUAAUCAUCCAACAGUUGAAGGUUAUUAAUUGUGUGCUUGAUCAACUUUUCUUUAAGCACAGUAAUAGGCGAACCUUAAGGUGGUUCAGAGAGAGAAUUGUGGCAAAUGUAGUUGGAUGUUAAUAUUGAAAAUUCAGAAAGACUCCUUCCUUGUUGCAGGAAAUUUCCCCUGCAGUUAUGUGCAUGAA